AUGGGCUGUGCAUGCCUAGAGCUGUAUGGCGGCUCGGCGGUCUCUGCGGGGGGAAUCGGAAAUCGUUACUUUCUGGAGAAGCAACGAUUCCUGCUGGAGAUACUCCAUCAUGUGCACGAGCCUCUUUUGAACGACCAGUGGCGGUCGUUGGGUGAACGCCUGGUCAGCGAUAAGACCCAGUAUGUGGUCUACAACGACCAGAUGGCUGACUUCUACGAGGCCUUUAGUCGGGGUAGACUUGUGCCCAGAGAGGUGUACUACAAUGCGCUGUACCCAGAGCACUAUCGGCAGUCGCUGGGUCUCUAUUACUUCUUCUAUCACACACGCGACUGGAUCACACUAUGGCAGAACAUCUGCUGGGCGCGGGUCCAUGUGAAUCCGGGUCUCUUCGUGCAGGCUCUGACUCAGGUGCUGCUCAAGAGGGAGGACUACCAGGCCCUGGUCAUGCCCAAGAUCUACGAGCUGUGGCCUGAAUCGUACCAUCAUGCGGUGACAGUGAGGAGUGCACAGAAUUUCAACUUUGCCAAUUGGAUUCGACAGCAGAACACUUUCACGAGUCAACUGCAACAGGAGGUGCAACAGAUUCUGCCCCAAGAACUGCAGCCCAUCCACCUGGAGGGAAAUUUGCGCAGCUCCACCAAGUGGUUCGAGGCCAUGGCUGAUGUCCGUAUACUCCGUCUGACCGAACACCAGCGAGGGCAGAACAGUAUCCAACACCUCACCGAGGACAUUGGCUGGCAGUCCUACUGGUACUACAUCAAUAUGGGCAUUGCCCAGACUGAGAACGGCUCACUGGAGCUCCAGGAGUGGUGGUACAGCCAGCUGGGCCAGCUCUUGGCCCGCUACAAGCUGGAACGCUACGGCCAGCAGCUGCCGUACAAACACUUCACCCUCCUGGACGCAGCUAACAUGGGUACACCGAACCUACUGACCUGGCUGAAUCAACGCUUUCGGCUGGUGACCCCGACCACCACUAAAAAGGUGACGGAAGCGCUGGAAGCCCUCGAGACGAACGUCGCCGAGGCGAUUUCCACCCGUAGAUAUAUGCUAGCCAAUGGAUCCAGCAUCGAUCUGGAAGCAGGCGAUAACUGGCGGAUCGGCUUAAGUCAACUAUUCCCCUUCGACCUGACAAAACUGCAGAUGGAGUCGGCCAGCGAGCCCCAACUGCUCCUUGAUCUGUGCACUACGGUGCGAUCGCCCGACUUCUAUUACUACGCCGAACGGGUGCUCCGCUCGUAUCGAUGGUACCGCCAGGCUCUGCAACACAACAUCAAGGGAUCGGUUAGGCCAACCGAUUUGCGCAUCGAAGCGAUGGAUAUCUCUCCACUGAUCACCUACGACGAGCCGGUGGAUGUGGAUCUCAGUAAUCUGCUGCAUGCCAGGCACUUUCACUUCGACGGACACUUCAUGUGGCCCUUUACCCUGCAGCAAAGGCAGUAUCGACUGCAGCAGGAGCCCUUUAGCUUUAGCCUUCAAAUCAGCAGCAACAAGACCCAAUCGAUCAUCAUCAGAUUGUUUCUCACUACCGCAGAGAAUGGGGGGUCUGUCAAUCGCGAGCCUUUCUAUCAGUUGGAUUCAUUUCUGACGGUGCUCUAUGAAGGUGUGAACAGAAUUACCAGAGAUUCUCGGGACAUCAGUGGCCUGAUUGGGGAUCACAUCUCUCUCACCGAACUCCAUCAAUAUGUCAGGCUGGCCGAGCAGGAGGAGUUCGAUUUCCCCCUGAAUAUAUCCACACCAAACUGCGGCUUCCCCAGACGCCUGAUAUUGCCCCGCGGUGGUCGACGAAAUCCCCUGCAGAUGAGGCUCCUGGUCGUGGCCACGGUUUACGACUUCAAGGCCAGGCAGGCCAACGAACUGAACUGUGACUUCAGCAAGGGGGUGAGCCGGUGGGACGAGCUGCCCUUGGGCUAUCCCUUCGAACGGUAUUUGGAGGAGGAGGAUGAGGCGGAACGUCUAGUGGGAGAUCACACCUUCUGGCAGCCUGUGGAGAUCAAUCAUGUGGAUCGUUUUCCACGUCUUUAGAACAUUCGUACUUGAGUAUCUCGUUGACCUCUAUAGAUCAAUCGUAAGUAUAAUUAUAUGGAAGAUAAUCAA